AUUUUUCAGUGGACUAUCUAAUAAGGUAAAGGUCAAAGUCCAAGAUGGCUGCCGGCGGUUUGCGAGUUCGCUCUGCUUUCCGACAAGGGCUUUUUACAGACAAAGUCGCUAUCGUGACAGGAGGAGGAACAGGGAUAGGGAAGGCCAUAACUCAGGAACUGUUGUACUUAGGAUGUAAAGUAAUGAUAGCAUCCCGUAGUGAGGAGAAGGUGAGAACAGCAGCAGCAGAGAUGUCCUCUCAGAUACCCACAGACAGCCCUGCACAAAUCAAGGCACUGCAGUGUAACAUCAGGAAGGAGGAGGAUGUAAAGAAUUUAUUUUCCAAGACCAUUGGUGAGUUUGGUAAACUGGACUUCCUGGUGAACAACGCCGGCGGUCAGUUCCCCAGCCCGGCUGCCCACAUCAGUCUGAAGGGCUGGAAUGCCGUGGUGGACACCAACCUUAAUGGCACAUUCCUCUGUUGCAGGGAAGCGUACCACUCCUGGAUGUCUGAGCAUGGUGGAGUCAUUGUCAACAUCAUAGCAGACAUGUGGAAAGGCUUUCCUAUGAUGAGUCACACAGGGGCUGCCCGUGCCGCUGUGGACAACCUGACAAAGAGCCUCGCCCUGGAGUGGGCAGCCAACGGGAUCCGGAUCAACUCUGUAGCGCCCGGAAGCAGUAUCUACUCCGACACUGCAGCCAGAAACUAUAGCUCUUCUGAUAACAUUUUCCUCCGUGAAAUACCCAACAUUCCAGCAAAACGCCUGGGAAAACCAGAGGAGGUGUCUACUGCGGUGUGUUUCUUAUUGUCGCCUUCUUCUGCAUUCAUCACUGGAGAGACGAUAAAGGUUGAUGGAGGCCAGAGUCUGUAUAGGUUCAGUUUUGAAGUCCCAGAUCACAACAAGCAGCCAGCCUAUGACUGGGAGAAGUUGAUCAAGGAAGAGGAGAGUGAUGGCAGCCCCAAGUCUAAACUAUAAACUCCUCACGACUCAUUCGCUGAGUUUUUAUUUUAUGUUCUGUCUUGUAUUGCAUUACUAUGGGUCUUUAAUGGCAAACUUAAAACACUGUGAGCAUUUUACUGCGAAAAUAAGGCACACAAAUGCAAAAUAGUUCACAUUAUGAAGGUAUUUUAUGAAGAAAGAAAGAAGCUAUAAUAAUUUCAAUUUAAGCAUUGUCUACCAUACAUACAUGUAUAGACCUAAUAUGUAUGGAAUCUGUGAACAUGGAUGGAACUUAAGUAUUAUUUUAGCAAAUGAUAUUGACAGUUAAUUUAAUGUUAUAUACAUACAUAUGAUUAUUAUUAACAAGAAUUA